ACCUCUUCUUCAAUCACCGCUUAUUAAUUGUUAUAGGUUAUAUUUUAGUCAGUUUUAUUUUUAUGGUGAUAAAAAAUAUAUAAAUAUUAAAAUUAAUUUGAAUUAAAUAUAAAAUGUCAAAUCAUCACUUAUUAUUAAAAUCGGGAUUUUUACGUGCGCCUUUGAGCAAUGGAAUUGGUCGUUAUGUUGGACAAUUACAAAGAAUUACCUUAAAAUUUUGCAAAAGUCAUCCUACCAGUAAAGGAAUGAGAGAUUUCUUGGAAAAUCAUUUAAUAGAUUACGCAAAGGAAAAUCCUGGUGUUGUUGUCUAUGUUAAACCUAGAAGACAUAGAACUCCUGUUAUUGUAGCUGAGUACUUAAAUGGUGAGAAACACUGGGUUGCUGUUAAAAAUUUUGAAUUCCAACACAUUCAGAAAUGGCUUGAAUUGAUGCGUACUCAAGCUCAAGAUGGAUCAAAAAUGAGAUUACGUAAAAUGUGGCAUACUGAAUUUCCAUCAAUUCAAGGUCCUUGGACACCAUUUACAUUUGUUAAUCCUAUUGUCAAUAUUACCAAAUUUCCAGACGAUCAACUUGGAGCAGCACCAAAACAACGUAAAACAGCAACAGAAAUUCUAUUGGAAAUGUACAAAGCUGAAAAAAGUAAUCAGACAAAAUUGAUUGAAAACAAUAGUAACAAUUGAAUAAAUAAUUAUUCUUAAUAACUUUAUAAUGAUAAUAAAUAAACGAUAGUAAUAAUUAUA